AGAGGGAAGCUGAGUCAAAGCUGCCUGAGUCAAUAGCUUAAAAGUCUGAAAACAUUAUUGCUCCUACAAUCUUCAAACAGUGUAAUUAAAAUCACAUGAUACUACCUUCACGUUAAUAGAGAAAUACUUCCGGCCUCGAGUCAAGUGGGCAGCUGCUAAUCCGUGCGGGGAUGUGAGUGGGCGUCCCCCGGCGUUGGUUGUGACGUAUUGAAGCCGAGGCGGGGCGUUGCCCAAAACAUCGGGCCGAGAUGGGAGACCGCGAGGAGCGUCAGGACCUGCUCGUGCGAGACGGUUCGCACGAGUACGACGCCACCUCCGGCGCGGGGGCUGGCGGGCCCGGCGGCUACUGCAGUGACGACGACGAGUACGAUGCGGACGGGGGCGGUGUCACCCUGUCGCCGGCGAGGGAGGCGGCGGAGGUUGCGGCCCUCGCCUUGAUGCUCGCCCUUUCGUCGGCGGUGGCCGUCGUCUUGCUGCCGCUCUACUUGGACACCGUCGCUUCGGUGGGCGACGCCUACACCGCACUGCUGUUCACCACAAUCGGUUCGUCAGCAGUUCUGCUGCCAGUGGCGUGGGUGGCAGGGGGCGUACGCGUGGGCGGCUACGGCAGCGCCGGCAUCGCGGGCUACGCGCCGCCGAGCGUGCGCUUCCGCCUGCGGCUGCAGCCGCGGCGGCGCUGGCUGGUGCCCCUGAGGGACGGGUCGCUGCUGGCCCUGGCGGGCUUCCUGACGCUGAGUGCUCUGCAGGAGAAGCGGGUGCCGUGCCACGCCCAGGACCCGCUCAAGGGACUCAUCAUGGUCGUCGCCAUCGUACACUAUUUCUUCUUCUCACACAGGGUGGUGUGCCUGCGGCAACUGUUCCUGAGCACGGGCGCGGCGGUGGGCCUGUUCGUGGCGUGCGACUACGCACUGUGCGACGGGUACCGGUGCCGCGGCUGGGAGCGGGACGGCGGGCGGGAGCAGGAUGAGGGCCCGCCGCUGGGACGCGGGCUGCGCGCCGCCUGGCUCGUGGCGUACCUCACGGGGCUCGCCGUCUGGACGCUGGUGGCGGGCGCCCUGUCCGAGGGCGGCGAGCGGCCGUCCGCGCCGGGCGCGGCACUUCUGCACGCGGGCCGCCUGCACGCCACGGCACUGCCCCUCGCGCUCUUCCUGUUCGUUCUGGAGCUCGUGCCGGGCAUCGCCGGGGAUAAUAGCUUCAGGGAAGAUAAAGCAAUGCUUAACAUCAGAUUUGGUGUUGGAUGA